AUGUAUGUCGGGAAUCGGGAUCCCAAGGUAUUGAAAUGGCGGACCGAAGCAGCCCUAAGUUGGCAAGUCGCAGUCGGUGCAGGGUGCAUGCACCGUCUGGCGCUGGCAAGGGCACGGGGGCGCCUGCACCGCCCUUGCGCCGCCCGCGCCACGCCCGACACGCCCGCACGACCUCUGCGCCGACCUACGCGUAUUCGAAGUUCGGACGGGACAUCUCAUUUCUGUGUUCGAAGGACUACG